AUGACUUCAAUACUGAAAGUGAGCUCCAUGGCUCUGACGAUGGCUGUAUGCCUUGUUCAAGCAAAUGCGUCACGUCCGACUUCCGUCCGAUUUACGAACUACCCUAUUCUUCCUAAUAUGAUAGCGAGCUCAAUAUUUGCGGCAGUCACGAAACUUGAACUAGAGAAACAAGCGAAGGAAAAACUUUACCAAGCAGGGAGUGCUGCGAGGUGGACUAGCAACGGUUGGAGUCAUGCCCAUCGAUAUUUAGAUCCUGUGGCUGUCUCUCAGAUGAAUGAUAAUUCAUUCCUAACUGUUCAAUCAGCCAAGGAACUGGUUCGUCGAACAAAUACACCACUUCCUCAUCUUCAGUCUGAUCCAAAUGUAGUUUUGGAAUGGCGGAAGCAGAUCAACUCAAUAUGUAGCACCCCGAUACCACAGUGUAAUCCAAAUGAUAUAUAUCGAUCAGCCGACGGCACGUGCAAUAACCUUGAGAACCCCACAUGGGGCUCCUCCAUGAGACCAUACCUUCGAUACCUGCCGGCAGCCUAUGACGAUGGUAUAGACAUACCACGACAACACAGUGUAAAUGGCGGACGCCUAUUUAGUCCUCGUGUAAUCAGCAAUGUCUUACACAGCACUGGACGGAGUGACCUUGACGAAGGAGGUCGUUCUGUGCUGUUGAUGUCUUGGGGAACAAUAACCGCUCUCGAUCUUUUAGGAACAAGUGUGUCGCAAGGUUUAAAUAAUUCCGAUAUCACGUGUUGUCCUGUCGGUCAAUCUACAGCGGAUCAGAUAGCUUCGUGUUUUCCUAUCAAGAUACCAAAACAUGACCGUCGAUUUCGUUCAAAUUGCAUGAAUUUUGUGAGAUCGGCAACGGCACCUUCCCCAAUGUGUGAUAUGGACGUGCGAAACCAGAUAAACGAGCAAACAUCCUACAUAGAUGCAUCGAUGAUAUAUGGAUCAACACAAGCUACCCAGAACCGACUGCGACAGGGAAACGGAGGCUUUCUGAAGACGGGUCCAGGAAGCCUGCUCCCACCAGCAGACGACAGCACAUGUAUACUAUCCAAUCCCGGAGAGUUCUGUUUUGAUGCCGGUGACCAAAGAAACACCCUGGUACCAUCGCUUGCGGCUCUGUAUACAGUUUUAGUUCGAGAACAUAACAGGAUAGCUAAACAGCUUCACUACUACAAUCCUCUCUGGUCUGAUGAGAAACUUUUCCAAGAAACUCGAAAAAUCAUAGCAGCUUUUGUUCAGCACAUCAACUACAAUGAAUACUUACCACACGUCCUAAGUGACAUACACAUGCGAGUGCAUGGGCUGUAUUCUUCACCAAGAGGCUACAACAAUGUGUAUAAUCCAAAGCUCAAUCCUACGGCAGCCAACGUCUUCGGGGCGGCAGCCUUCAGAUUUGGACAUUCCAGUGUUCCAAGCUUCCAGGGAAUAAAGGAUCUGCACACUCAGUAUGCAAUCCAAGUACCAACAGAGCUUACUUACCUAAGACCGAAUUUAUUGUUUGCUGACAAUGGACAAGGUGUUGAUAAAGUGAACUUUUGGCAGCUUAAUUCUAUACAAGCGAAACAGGAUAGAUUCUUUCAAGAUGCUACAAGGAAUGAAUUAUUCUUAAAUGAAAGUGGUGACGCGCUCGACCUGGCAGCGAUUAAUAUUCAAAGAGGGCGUGACCAUGGUCUGCCUUCAUACAAUGCAUGGAGGAAAUGGUGUGGAUUACAUCCUGCACUUCACUUCAGAGCGAGCCCUGGGGGACUCAUACAUCACGACCCUCUGUCAGCAAUUCUUUUAUCCAAAGUUUACAAGCAUCCCGAUGAUAUUGACCUCUACACGGGUGGCCUAUCUGAGGCUAAAAUUAAAGGUUCAAUUACCGGUCCGACCUUCUCGUGUAUCCUAGCCAAGCAGUUCCAGUUACUGAAAGAGGGAGACAGAUUCUGGUACGAACACAACCUCCCAGGUGUUGGAUUUACAGCAGCCCAGUUACAUGAAAUCAAAAAAGUUCGACUUUCUCAAAUUAUGUGUCGGAACACUCGUAUUAGGCAAAUCCAGAAAAAUCCUUUCAAGGUACCUUCUCUGUACAACCAAAUUGUUGGAUGUGAAUCUUUACCGAGAAUCGACCUACGCCAUUGGAUUGAACGAUCCAGACACCACGUCUACGUAUUUCCAGUGACGUCACGUCAAUUCUUCAAUUCAGCGGUGAUGGUACCAAACAACCCCGUGCGUCUAUGGACAUUCGCGUUGCCUGCGACUCUUCAGGCGAUUAAUUUGUGA